AUAUACUUACAUUUGCAUUCACUAAUUAAACUUCACAUAAAACAGGCUUAAAAAUUAAGCUCCUCUUUAUCAAUGAAGUUUUCAGCUGACUAGCCAUUCUUCAUCAUCUCAUAUUACAUUUUUCGACCUUCAAGGUUUGUGUGUAACGCGAUGAAGUGCUUACAAAACCACAACCUUGGCGAAUCGAUUGAUGGAUUUCAAUCUUCAAACUCAGAGUUCUCUAUGAUGAUGGGCAGUAACAUCAAUAAUAAUGGUUAUAUUGGAGCUGGAAUUGAGAAUGAUUACAUGCAGCAAAUUAAUUAUGGAAGCAUGGAUGUUCCCUCUCAAUUCUCGUACAUUUCACCAGUUGCAUAUUCAUCGUUGAUGCCUACGCCAAUAGAAAAUCUCAGCCUUGCAACUCCUCAUUUGUUGGAUUAUCGUUGGAACUUACCUUGUGAUGACUCUAUUAAGAAUGACAUUCUUUUGAAUCAACCUUACAAACCAACGAUAAAAGAUGUUAGAAAAAGUGUUACCGGGGCUAAACUUGCACAAAGAAAUAGUGUUCUCGGUAACAAGGCAAGCCUUGAAGCAUCGAGGGCUAAUAAGAAAAGGAAGGUGAUUGAACAAUUUGUCGAUACAAGAAAAUACAAGAUGCAGGCACCAGUUAAGAGAAGCCAAAAGUUAAGCGAGAAAAUUUCUGCUCUUCAAGAACUUGUAUCUCCUUAUGGAAAGACGGAUACUGCUUCAGUUCUUCAAGAGGCUUGUAUCUAUAUCAAAAUAAUUCAUCAAGAAAUUCGGAGGCUAAGCAUCUCAUAUUUUGAGCUUAGGUCAGCACUUCAAGCACAGUUUCAGGGUGAUGCAGAGAGGCAAAGUGACCUGCAAAGUAAAGGACUAUGCUUGGUUCCAGUAUCAACUAUGAAGAGUAUUACAAGAGAAAGUUGGGUAGUUGAUCAUCAGACUGCAUCAAGGACCUUCAAAAGAUCUACAUAUGAAUUUAAUUAAUUCAUCAUCAUAGAUAGUACAUUUAUACACAUACAAUUAUAUCACAUAGUUUGUAUACAUUAUUUUUCAUUUUUCCUCGUUUUUUUUUUUUUUUUUUAUUUUUGGUUUUUAUACAAUACUCUCUGUUAAGUGUUGAUUAAUUAAAAUGAUUCAAAUAUACUAUAAGUAUUUUAAUAUUAUAAUUAAAGGAUUGCCCAAUUGAGCUAAUACCUGCAAAAGCUAUAACUCUGUUUAGGGUAUACAAGGUCUCAUACUUCAUAUAUCCUUUGUGUUAAUUCAAAAUAUUUCCUCUGUUUUUUUUUUCACCAUUUAUUGCGGAUUCUUAGACAAUUUUUAAAGAUAAGAGAGGAAAAAAAUUCAUAAAAGGACCCAUGUGAUAGGAAAAAAAUAGAAAGAAUUUACUAAAAAGAUAUGGAGGAAGUUUGUGUAAUAAUUACAUAACCCAUGUGAAUUAACUCAAAUAAGCAUCGACAGAUAAACCAAUUUUAGGGUGUGAGUAAAUCUUUCUAUUUGGGGCAUGGAUGGAUCAUACAUAUUAUCAAUUGAUCGAGUGACAAAUCAUAAUAGGUUAUUGGCAUUAAGUGAAACAUAGCCAAAUAUAUCUAUCAUUUUGAAGCAUAAAUAUCAAAGAUUGUAAUUCGCUAACAUUAGUACUUAGUAGCAGAAAGCCCUCCCGCAGCUCACUGGUUACUGAUCUUUUUUUCGGUAGAUGCCGAGACACGUCAUUACAUACCUUACUCUAUCCCAGGAUCUACUCCGUAUCAAAAUGAUAUAAAUACAACAUUUUAUUUCACUAGAAAUACGAACAUUAAGGUAAUUUAGAAGUCGUCAUAAAUAGGGCCAAUUGGAGGUUGACCAUGAGAGAUUGACCAAGCAGGAUCAGAGUGCCCUAACUCAACCAGCAAAACUCACAGAAGGUAGUCGGGGAACAAGUAAUCAUUUACAACCA